AUGCCGCUGGGAACAGGUCGAAGCGGCAAGCGGAUAGUGGGGAUCACGGAACCAAUUAGCCUAAGCGCAUCAGCUUCGAGUUACUCUCAAGCAGGAGCGUUGAGCGGUGGGGAGCGGUGCAGGACGUCCACUAGACCCUCAGCACGCGUGGGGCACAGCAAGCAAGCAUGGGGCACAGCAAGCAAGCAUGGGGCACAGCAAGCAAGCAUGGGGCACAGCAAGCAAGCAUGGGGCACAGCAAGCAAGCAUGGGGCACAGCAAGCAAGCAUGGGGCACAGCAAGCAAGCAUGGGUCACAGCAAGCAAGCAUGGGUCACAGCAAGCAAGCAUGGGUCACAGCAAGCAAGCAUGGGUCACAGCAAGCAAGCAUGGGUCACAGCAAGCAAGCAUGGGUCACAGCAAGCAAGCAUGGGUCACAGCAAGCAAGCAUGGGUCACAGCAAGCAAGCAUGGGUCACAGCAAGCAAGCAUGGGUCACAGCAAGCAAGCAUGGGUCACAGCAAGCAAGCAUGGGUCACAGCAAGCAAGCAUGGGUCACAGCAAGCAAGCAUGGGUCACAGCAAGCAAGCAUGGGUCACAGCAAGCAAGCAUGGGUCACAGCAAGCAAGCAUGGGUCACAGCAAGCAAGCAUGGGUCACAGCAAGCAAGCAUGGGGCACAGCAAGCAUGGGUCACCCUCCUUCUCCUUCCUCACCCCCCUUCUCCUUCCGCACCCCCCUUCUCCUUCCGCACCCCCCUUCUCCUUCCGCACCCCCCUUCUCCUUCCGCACCCCCCUUCUCCUUCCGCACCCCCCUUCUCCUUCCGCACCCCCCUUCUCCUUCCGCACCCCCCUUCUCCUUCCGCACCCCCCUUCUCCUUCCGCACCCCCCUUCUCCUUCCUCACCCCCCUUCUCCUUCCUCGCCUGCACGCCAUGCAUUCCCACACAGCUACCUGCACCUGUUGGUCGCCAGCCAUUAGCAGUCAAUGCCGGCACAUCCAUGCUGCUCAAUCCCCCGCCCUCCCACCUUCCGCAUCUCCCCUUUUCGUUCCCCCUUUUCCUCUUUUCCGCAUCUCAAUCCAUGCUGCGCGCAGCUACCUGCGGUUACUGGACCGCCACCCACUGGCAGUAAAGGCCGGUACAUCCAUGCUGCUCAAUCUGCUGGGAGACCUCUUUUGCCAGGUGGUGGUGGAGGGAGGGCACAGCGUGGAUGCGAGGAGGGCAGCCACCAUCUCCCUGCUGGGGCUGCUGCUAGUUGGACCCACCCUGCACGUCUGGUACUCAGUGCUGUUCCGCAUGGUGACAGUACAGGGCACUCCCGGCACUCUCAUCCGCCUCGCCCUCGACCAGCUGCUCUUCUCGCCGCUAUUCAUCGCCACCUUCUUCUCCAGCCUCCUCACCCUUGAGGGCCGCCCUGCUGCCAUCCCUGACGUGCUCAAGCAGGAAUGGGCCAAGGCAGUGGUGGCCAACUGGAAGGUGUGGAUUCCCUUUCAGUUCCUCAACUUCCGCUUCGUGCCACUGCACCUUCAGCCCAACGCGACAGCGCAGGCCCUACCUCAGAACCUAGAGCAUUUCAGACUCGUCGGAUACGAAUCCCCCUCCAAGCCCUCGUCGUCGCCCGUCAGCCGGCGGUUGCGAGCGUUCGUAUCGCUCAUCGUUCUAUCAGCCAUCUUCCUCGUCGUGUUUCUUUUCAACUUUACCUUUAUCGCGUCCAGCGUGUCCCCGUUAGUGACUUACCUCGAUAAAGCCACGGAUUUAGAGGGCCCCGAGAAGGCCGGCGCUUCUUAUUUAGGCAAUGUGAUGAUGGAGUAUAGUCGGAGGAAACAGCAGCCGCCGCAACAGGCGGGGAAGCACGCGCUUGCACAGCAGCAACAGCAACAGCAACAACAACAGCAACCGCAGUGGCGGCCGUGGAGGAAGCCGCCUGGAAAGAUCGCGUUCCUGUUCAUGACACGUGGCCCGCUGCCGCUCGCGCCGCUGUGGGAGAAGUUCUUUAAGGGCCACGAGGGGCGCUACUCCAUCUACAUUCACGCGGCGGACCUCUCCUUCCGCUUCCCGCGCAACUUCUCCGCGCUCUUCCGCGACCGCAUCAUCAAAAGCGGCAAGGUGGCGUGGGGCGAGAUGUCCAUGGUGGACGCGGAGCGGCGCCUGCUGGCGGCGGCUCUCAAGGAGCGAACCAACCACUACUUUGUGCUGCUCUCCGAGGCGUGCAUACCGCUGCAUGACUUCGACACCAUCGCCACCUACAUCAACUCAACUGCCAUCUCAUACGUUGAUGCGUACUACGACCCGUACGGCAAGUCGUUUGAGCGCUACCUGUGGCACAUCUACAUGCCCGUUAUAAGACGACGGGACUUCGUUAAAGGCAACCAGUGGUUCAUCCUGCAGAGGCGACAUGCACAGAUGGUGCUGGCGGACACUGACCACUAUGAUGUGCACAACCGCACAUGCGCU